CGGGCCGUGCCGUGCCGUGCGGUUAGGUUGAGGCUCCCUGCGUGUGUCUAUAACUUUGUGUUGCUGCCGGUGGUUGUUAGGAGGAGGGAUGUGGAAGCCGGCGGCGAAGAGGGUGACGGGCUGUUCGGGCGGGCGGCGGCGGGCGGAUCGGUUGCCUCUCGCCGGUUGCUCGCACAGGGAGCGAGUGGCUCGCCGCUUCCCCCUCCUUCGCCUUUAAAGGGAAGGCUCCUCGGAGCUGAAGGCGCAGGAGCAGCAGGAACCAUGCAGCAGCGCUGCCUCUUCCUCCCGUGAAUUCGGAGCUCGAUUUCUGCCGGUGUGGAGGUGGCUGUUGAUUCUCCCCCCACCCCACCGCCGCCCGCCCCUCCCGAUGUGGCUGUCCCUGCCUCUUCUGCCUGCGCUUUUUAAAUGACUUGAGUGAAGGGGGGGAAAACUGUCAAGAUGGCAGCAGCAGGAGCAAGGAGGUUAUGAAUGUGGUGUUGAUGCUGGAACAAAACCUAUUCUCUUUGGCAGCCCUAGGGAGGGCUUAAAGCUUCUGGACCUGUUGGAAGACUGGCGAUUUGAUUCUUCCCGUUGUGUUUGCUUUUUCCCUGCGAGAAGAAGGAUUUAUUAUUAUUAUUUUUUGUUUAACCGACCAGCCCCCGGGGUGGCCUUUUCCCGCCCCUUGCUCCGUCGGCUGUGAUAUUUUGGGGGGGUUGCUCGCGUGUGGUUUGGGGGGCACCGCAAAGUGACAGGCUUACGCUAGUAUGCAGUUGGGUGUAUGCUAAGACUUCGCCUCCCUUCAGGGCGUUCUGAAGAAGGAAAAAAGUCUUUGGCGUAAUCCGAAGGACCCCUCUCCCUGCCCUCCUGCCGAGGGAGGGCGCAAAGGACCACCCCCACUCCCCCAAAAGGGAAGAUAGCUGCGGAAGCGACGAGGAGCGAGCUCGGAGGCGGCGGGGGGGGUCCUCUCCUGACUGGAAACAGCGCGGUUCCCGCUGGAGCUACUUCUGCAUCCGCAUGGAGUGAAACAUAAACAAACGCACACGGGCACCACGGGAGCGGCCACCGCUCCGCCGGCGCGGAGGACACCUCCGGCACCGCCCGGCACCGCGCUGCCCGCCCUGCGCUGCCGCUCCGGCUCCUAAUCGGAUUUCGGAUUUUUUUUUUUCCCUUCCCUCCCUCCUCCUCCCCGCACCCUCCCGCCCCGGCGUGCGCAGCGCCCGCGGGCAGCGGGCUCGGGGUGCGGCGGAGCGCCUGCCAACCCGUAGUGGAGAGCGGCAUGCCCGCCCGGCGGCCCCCCGCCUGCUAGGCUCCUUCGGCACCGAGAAGGCGGCGGAGGAGGAGCGGGGUCGGCGGCCGCCCGCCCGCCCCGUCGCAGCGCCCCGCCGCAGCCGCCCGCGGGGGAGGCCAAGAUGGCAGAGGCGUCGCCCCCCGCCCCGCUCUCGCCCCUGGAUGUGGAGCUGGACCCCGAGUUCGAGCCGCAGAGCCGGCCCCGCUCCUGCACCUGGCCCCUGCAGAGGCCCGAGCUGCAGGCCAGCCCAGCCAAGCCCGCCGGCGAGCCGCCCGCCGACGCCGCCUCCAUGAUCCCCGAGGAGGAGGACGACGAGGAGGAGGGGGGCGGCUCGGCCAUGGCCGUCGGCAGCGCGGCACCCGCGGGCGGAGAAGCGGCGGCGGCCACCACCGUCCCGGAGGAGGCGGCGCGGCUGCUGGCCCCGCUGCCCGGAGCCGGCCCGGAGGGGCCAAGCCUCUCACCGGGUGGAGCGGCAGCGGGCAGUGGGGGGCUGAGCGGGGGCCCGGCGGCGGCGCCGAGGAAGUGCUCGUCGCGGCGCAACGCGUGGGGCAACCUCUCCUACGCCGACCUCAUCACCCGCGCCAUCGAGAGCUCCCCGGAGAAGCGCCUUACCCUCUCCCAGAUUUACGACUGGAUGGUCCGCUGCGUGCCCUACUUCAAGGACAAGGGCGACAGCAACAGCUCGGCCGGCUGGAAGAAUUCUAUCCGGCACAACUUGUCACUCCACAGCCGAUUCGUCAGGGUGCAGAAUGAAGGCACCGGGAAAAGCUCUUGGUGGAUGAUCAAUCCAGAUGGUGGGAAAGGCGGCAAGGCACCCCGGAGACGCGCUGUGUCAAUGGACAACAGCAACAAGUACACAAAGAGCAGAGGGCGAGCGGCUAAGAAAAAGGCAGCCCUGCAGACUUCCCAGGAGACGAGUGAGGAUAGCCCUUCUCAGCUCUCCAAGUGGCCAGGGAGCCCCACCUCCCGCAGCAGCGACGAGCUGGAUGCGUGGACAGAUUUUCGCUCUCGUACAAAUUCCAAUGCCAGUACAAUCAGUGGCCGCUUGUCACCAAUUUUGGCAAGCACCGAACUAGAUGAUGUCCAAGAUGAUGAUGCUCCACUUUCUCCCAUGCUGUACAGUAGUCCAUCGAGCUUGUCCCCAUCAGUAAACAAACCAUGUACUGUGGAGUUACCUAGGUUGACUGAUAUGGCUGGGACAAUGAAUUUGAACGAUGGACUGACAGAUAACCUCAUGGAUGAUCUCUUAGACAAUAUAACACUCCCUCCCUCCCAGCAGUCACCCACGGGAGGGAUGAUGCAGAGAAGCUCCAGUUUUCCUUAUGGUUCCAAAGGUUCAGGGCUGGGUUCCCCGUCAAGUAGUUUCAACAACGCCGUGUUUGGGCCGUCGUCGCUGAAUUCCCUCCGCCAGUCGCCCAUGCAGACCAUUCAGGAGAACAAGCAGGCCACCUUCUCUUCCAUUUCUCAUUACAACAACCAGACGCUGCAGGAUCUCCUCGCCUCUGAUGCACUUAGUCACAGCGAUGUCAUGAUGACACAGUCUGACCCACUCAUGUCACAAGCCAGCACAGCUGUGUCCGCCCAGAAUUCCCGCAGGAAUAUAAUGCUCCGCAACGACCCCAUGAUGUCGUUUGCCGCGCAGUCCAGCCAGGGCGGUCUGGUCAAUCAGAGCCUGCCCCAUCACCAGCACCAGUCCCACAACUCCUCUCUUAGUGGCAGCCGUGCCUUGUCCAGUUCCAUCAGUAACAUAGGCUUGAGUGAUUCGAACAGCUUGGGAUCCACCAAACAUCAGCAGUCACCUGUCAAUCAGUCUAUGCAAACACUUUCUGACCCGCUCUCAGGCUCCUCUUUGUACUCCUCUAGCAUGAACCUCCCAGUAAUGGGACACGAGAAAUUUCCAAGUGACUUGGACCUGGAUAUUUUCAAUGGGAGCCUGGAGUGUGACAUGGAAUCCAUUAUCCGCAGUGAACUCAUGGAUGCAGAUGGGCUGGAUUUUAACUUUGAUUCCCUCAUCUCAGCUCAGAACGUUGUCAGUCUGAAUGUGGGGAACUUCACUGGUGCUAAACAGGCUUCAUCACAGAGUUGGGUACCAGGCUGAAGGAUCUUUGAGAACAGGGAAAAUGGGCAAACAGAUGCCAAGAUUACAGGAUGACAUACUCUCACCAGAUGACAGCACAAACUGAUAUUUUUAGAACAGCCCACAUCAACUGGUCUCCCCAGUGCUUUCUUCCCUGGAUCAGCAGCACACAGGUUUUAUUACAGAAUGAGUCUUCACAAAUCGUCUUUUUCAUGUGAAUGAGCCAUAAUGAUUGUUUAGAGCUGCAUAUCAGUGUUGGUCCCCAGACAUGCUGUUGCUUGAUAGCUCGGAUGGUUACAGGUGGUUUUUAAUUUUUCUUUUCUCUUUGUGAGCCAGACUUUAAAUAGCCCCCCUAAAAACAUAUUUUCUUGAAGAAGUGCGUAAUAAGAGAUCCUUUUUAGACACACAGCGUCAUGCAGCUGAGGUCGAGAUCUUUUUUCAUAGCAAUUCAGCACUCAGCUGAGGUGAUGAACUGACAGCUGGUGAGGUUUAAGUCUUGUGUUGAUGGCAGCCAAAGAGCACAGGUAUAGCGUAGGCAGCAGGAGUGCACAUAGUUGGGUAGUAUCAUACAUAAAUAGCCAGUCUUUUUCUCCUGGCUUGGGGAGGGAAGAUGAAGGAAGGAUGCUCAUGCAAUGCCACUCUGGGCUCCUGGUGCCGCCGGUGGAGAGUGUCAAGCAGGAUGCUCCCAUCAGCACUGUCCCUGAUCGAGUCCCACAUGGUGGGUAGGGACACUGUCACCAUUAAAUCAGGUACCUGCGGCUGGGUAGUGGGAACACUCCACUCCGGUCCAGUCUAUGGGGCCUAUUUAAUCAGCUUUUCCACUCAGAUUACUGCGCAGGGUGGCAGUUGUUGGAGCCUGGCGGAGCGGACAUCUGCUGAGCAGUAAUCGGGUGGACACGCGGCUCAGCUAACGGAGGCCGCUGUGUAGCCAUGGUUGUCUGCUGUUACUCCAGGAAAAAAGCCACUUUUCCCAGACAAUGCCAUGGAGAAUGGCUUGCGUUUAUGCACUUCUACAGCUGAGCUGAAUAUCUCGCCUGUUGUUUUUCCCUUGUACUGUCUGCUUCUCCUGGCUUUCAUAGGUAAUUUAUUUCAUGCAAAUGUAGAGAAAAUCUGGGUUUGGGGAAGGACCUUCCCUCCCUUGCGUUUUCUACCACUUGUAAGUCCUAAUAGAGGAUGUCCUGCCUUAUAUCAACAUGGUGGAAGUCCUUUUGUAUGACCCGUGUGAGCAUUAUUGUCAUGUCAUUUUCAACUUGCUGCAGAGGAAAAUGAGAAGCCUCCAUACCAGGGAGGAUGUUUUUAAAUUUUUAAAAUAGGCUUGGUACCUGGCAGAGAAAAAGAAACUCUCUAUGAGGACAUUCAGAAUAAAGAGUGUGUAGCACGUUUCCAUAGCACUAUAAGCCCGUAAUACAGGAUGUUUCCAGCCAUGCUGGUACCUUUUACUCUAGAAGCGGCUCUUAUUCUUCAGAUUCAAAAGCAAAAUAUUUCUCUGGUCUUGGCACAGGUGCAGUAGUUAUCCAUCCUUUUCUGAUCCACAGUAGAGGUGGAGUGCCUAAAGAAAGCACCAUUUUUCCAGCCCAUGUGCUUUACCCCUAACAGAAGAUGUAUUUUGCAAGCAUUUUUGGCCUUUUUCCUCUAGUCCUGCAGCAUCCUGCCUAUGAGGUGCUGUGUUGAGUACCCAGGCUGACGUCUGUCAAUGGCAGCAUUACCCAUAACUGGCAGGCUUUCCACCCCACUCCUCAGGCCCAUGAACAAAAGGCAGGGGAUAAAAUUUACAAUCAGGCUGUCAAGUAGGAAGCCUGGAGACCUUGUGGAGAGAUGCUGUUCUGUAUCUAGCUUCUUUUGGCCAGGGCAGAGGAUUGAACCCAGCCAGAUGUGAUGCAACUGGGUAUCAGCAGUGCUUGUGCUGGAAAGCAGCAUUAACUGCACACUGACAUGUCUGUAGGUGUAAAAACAGGUCUGUCAGCAUAUGGGCUUCCUGUAUGGACAACAACAAAGUGACAUAUAGGGGAGUCUGCAUGUGCCUGCUCCUCUUGCAAGGAAGUGCAGAAUUUCCUAUGAAUUUGGUUGUUUAGUAUCCUGAUUGGUCCUGAUACGUUAGGGAACCCCAAUCUACUUUUCCUUUCAAGUGUGUGAGCGUGGAUGGACCACUUUCUUUCUGGGUGUCUCCUUUUCACGUGUACAAUGGGUAAAAGGGACCUUACCCACCAUUGAUGGUUGUAAUGAGCUGCCCAGAGGAGUGGUGGAUGCUCCCUUGCUGGGAAUAUUCCAGACUUGACAGGGCCCUGAACAACCUAACCUAAGGCUCUGCCUUCAGAUGAUGCUGAGUCCCUUCCAGCCUGGACUUUUCUGUGAUUCUGUAGACAAGUAGGAUAUCACACAUAUCAAUAGUUGUGGCACCUCACUACAGUUCUGGGCAAGCCUUUCGACCAAGGGGGCUGCUACAGGGUGAGAGAAUGAUCUGCUGUCUUUAGUUACAUUUACUGCCAAAAUACUUGAUUGUCUGCUGUGGUUUGCAGUGUUUCUUGGAGUGGAAGAACAGAAGCAGGAAAAGAGACACUUUUGUGCUUUACGUGCCUGCACAAGUACCAGCACAGCAACUUUUUAGCUCCCGUAAUUUUUAGUUCUAGGCCAGCAUUCUUCCUCUUUCCAUCCUUCUCCCUCACUCUUUGCCCCCAGUUCUGAGCUAAAAAGGAUCUGUUUUUAUGAGUAGAACUUAAAGAGAAAAAGUGAAGUUGCAACAUGCCUGAAAGUUCAUGAAAACACAUUAAGUUGCCAGCUCUUUUUUCCCCUUUGGGCUUCUCACCGUCACCUCAGUGUUGUCUCUCAGCACAGAGCCAUCCUAGUGCAGUGUACACUAAGCCUGUAGGGUGUCACUGUGCCACACCUGCCGUGGCAUCAGGGUUCCUAAUUUUUAUUCUGCUUGAACAAAAAAUCUCAUUCUGCAAUUUGUCAGUAUAGAGUGAUUAGCCACAGUAGUUAUCUUCCUUACUUGUUUCUAAAUAAAUACUGUGUAUUCUUCAGUCUUUAGCUGGGAAACCUCAGGCAGAAUAUUAACUUGCAACCUCACAUAAUCAAGUCUUGCUUUUUGAGCCUACCCCCAUUUUUGAGUGGAAGUUGUACUGCUGGUGACAAUGGCAAAUGAAGGGGGAGAAGCACCAGGAUGAAUACACAUCUGUCACUAAAGGACGCAAGUUUCCUUCCAAAUCUUUGCAUCUGAAGUCUCUGGACAAUAAAAGCACUUACUGGAAUUUCCUCUGCCUGGGGAGUUGUUGCAGAGUGGUACCCAGGAAAAACACUAGUUUUACAGGCCUGCAAGUGGUGAUACUUUUCAAGAGGCAGUCCACUGAUCAAGAAGCCUUCCAGCCAAAUCAGGAGGUCCUUGGUAGGCUGCUGUAGAGAGGAGUUGUGUGUUAGUAGUGUGGUUUCUCAUACCAUAAUUACAUAGAGGAGCACAUAACUUUUCUUUAACAGAAAACUGUAUGUGCUGAUUGUUAUGUUAGCUUACUGCUAAAGUUGCCACCAGUACCCAUUAUCUGUGCCUCACUCUGGGGAGCAUCGAUGCAUCACCUUUCUAUUCUGAAGAAAUUUCCAGUGCUGCAUAAUUGGCACCAUUAGGAAUCAAAAGGAGAAAGCAACACAGGGAAGAUGAUCCUUCAGAGCUGGUCUGAUGGUGCAUGGCUGGCAUGAGGCUUGGGAGACAGCUAUCCAGUUAAGUGGUCGAAUGAUGUGAGACAGAGGUGAGGAAAUGUUGCUGCUGGAGGGAAAUCACAACCAACAGCUUGGCCAUGGAGUAAGCAAGAGUAGCAUUUGUAAUUGGUCAGUAGCACAGUAGAGGAUGGGAAAGCAGAGAAAAGGACAGAAGGGGCAUUUCAUCUCCCACAUAAUUGCUUGCAAGCUGAAGAAUUAGAAAAUACAGAAAUACUUGCUUUUUGUAUGACAGUCUUCCACCAAAUAGGAUAAACAGAUUUAGCAUUUAGGGUUCAAAACGUCUGUGGGACAUAAGAAAGCAGAAGGUCAUCCUCACCUCUAACUUGAUGUUUUUUCUGUUUCUGUUUUAAAGUGAUUAUUUUCACCAAUCUCAUGCAUGUAUGCUUGCAUAAGCUAUAGCUUGGUAUGGUAUUAUGGGUUCUUCUAAUGUCCAGCAGAUAUAUCUUAUUUCAGCCUUCUGUACCCCGGAGGUCAAAACAGCCAUAGUGGAAUUGCUUCUACUGUCAAUGUGUGUGUGCAUGUGUGUGCAACAGAACCCAGAGAUCAAUGCAUUUGUGAAGACUGCACUCGAGAAAAAAGCCUUCACUAUCUUCAGAAGAAAAGAAGUCUCUAAGAAAGUAUAAAAUUCCUCCUUCCUUUCUACUCUCUGAUGACUGAAGGUGGGCUUCAGGUUUGGCAAAGGAGCUUUUGAAGGGAGAAUUGAGUUUUCCAGGGUGUGGCUUAAGAAGUACAGGCAGGUAUUUUCCAGUAGUGCCCUUUUUUGGGCAGCCUGAGAAACAAGAAACCAUGCCACGUGUAGGUGGGGGCUCUACACCUUUGCUGUGGCAAGUUGGCAAAUGCUGCUCUAACCUCCUAGCCCUGCUAGACUUCACCUUUCUUGUAUCCUUCCUUGCUCUCUGUUCUGUUGUUUGGUUGGUUUUUUUUCAUCACUCCCUGUGCUCAUACAUCUGCUGCUCUUAUUGCCCAACACAGGACACAAUAGUAAAGACCAAGAAAAAGGAUAAAGUGAGGACUGGAGUACUUUGCCUGGAGACCAGAGUGUUGCCCUUAGAGGACAGCGUUGUCCUGGCUUACCCAUCUAUUUCUGCAAAUUCAGGGAGACACUCCAGAGGAUGAGCAGGAAUGUCAAGAAUGG